AUGAAGCUGUUCAUCUUGUUGGCCCUGGUCUUUGCUUCGGCAGCCGCCUACCCCAAGUACUACCGCGACAUCGACGGAUUCAUCGUUGGUGGCCAGAAUGCCAACAUCGCUGACUUCCCCUAUUCCCUGUCGCUGAGGCGCAACGGUGGCCACAUUUGCGGCGCUUCCGUGAUCGCCGCCCGUUGGGCUCUCACGGCUGCUCACUGCGUUCCCACUGCUCCUGCCAACCAGAUCACCUUCCGCGGAGGCAGCGCCAACCGUCUGUCCGGCGGUGUGCUCUUCCAGGCCGACCAGAUCCACAUCCAUCCUCAGUACAACAGCCCAUCCCAGCUGAACAACGAUGUCGGUCUCGUCCGUGUGACCACCAACUUGGCUGGAACCAACAUCCGCUCUGUUCCUAUUGCUGGAAGCGGUGGCGAUAUGGCUGCUGGAGCCCGCGCUCUCAUCAACGGCUGGGGACACACUCAGUGGCAGGGAUCCCUGGCCACCAACCUACAGUGGGCUGAGGUCGGCGUUGUCUCUCGUGCUGCUUGCCAGUCUGCCUACGGAAACAUCAUCACCGCCAGCAUGCUGUGCGCCGCCCAUCCCGGACGUGAUGCCUGCCAGGGCGACUCUGGCGGCCCACUGACCACCAUGGGACAUGUCCAGCACGGUGUUGUGUCCUUCGGCCACCAGUGCGCUCACCCCAACUUCCCUGGAGUGUAUGCCCGCGUCGGAGUUGCUGUGAUCCGCAACUGGAUCGGAAACAUUUCCGGAGUCUAA